AUGGCUGUAUUUGAUGUCACCAGUGGAACCAAUGAACUGAAUGAAAUUCAUCAAUAUGAGAUGGGAAGAUACAUUAGCAGCAAUGAAGCAGUGUGGAGAAUACUCAACUUUCCAAUCCACGAACGUCAUCCCACAGUCGUUCAUCUAAGCGUCCACCUUGAAAAUGGCCAGAGAGUGUACUUCACUGAAGAAAAUGCUGCUGCUGAACGGGUCCAGGCACCCCAGGAAACAACGCUCACAUCUUUCUUCAAGCUGUGCACCCAAGAUAACUUUGCUCGCAAUUUACUUUACAACCAAAUUCCAAAAAGAAACAGGAAUCCGGUCUCUACUGAUGCUCUUGGCCGUGUCUACACCGUCCAUCCCAACAACUCCGAAUGCUUCCACCUUCGCCUAUUACUACAUGAAGUUAGAGGCCCAACAUCAUUCACGGAUUUGAGAACCGUUCAAGGAAGAGUCUGCAACACUUUCAAAGAGGCCUGCCAACUUCAAGGACUUCUGGAGAAUGACGAACACUGGAACACGGCGUUAGAAGAAGCAGCUGCAUCUCGAUCACCCAAGAUGAUGCGUAAUCUGUUUGCUGUAAUGCUUCAAACGUGCUCCAUGUCGGGCCCUGAACAGUUAUGGAUGAACCACAGGGAGAACCUGUCUGAAGACAUACUGCAUCAAGCAAGGAUCCAGCAGCAGAAUAUGGACCUGGACUACAAUGACGACAUCUUUAACAGAGCCCUAAUCUACAUUGAGAACAAGAUAAUAUCUCUAGGAGGAUUGAACCUGAAAAGAUUUGGACUUCCCCAACCUAACAGAAACAGCGAUUCUGCCAUUUCCAGUGAAGUAAUUAGAGAACGAAGUUAUAACAUGGAUGUGCUCGCAGCUUAUAUACAGGAGAAUGAGCCUAAAUUGGUCCAAGAUCAAAAAGAAGCCUUUGACAAGAUUACUAGAGCAGUUUUUGAUAGGCAAAGGGGUAUAUUCUUUUUGGAUGCUCCAGGCGGAACCGGGAAGACGUUUCUUAUCAACCUUAUUUUGGCAAAGGUGCGGCACAGAAAUGAGAUUGCCCUGGCUGUCGCUUCAUCCGGCAUUGCUGCUACACUCUUGACAGGUGGUAGGACUGCUCACUCGGCGUUCAAGUUACCCUUAAAUCUGACAAGCACAGAGACUCCAACGUGUAACAUCCCAAGGAAUUCAGGAAAGGCAAAGGUUCUACAGGAUUGCAAGCUCAUCGUUUGGGACGAGUGUACCAUGUCCCACAAAGCCGCAUUCGAAGCAUUAGAUGUCACCAUGAAAGACCUCAGACGGAACAAUGACAGAAUGGGAGGCGUCGUAAUGGUUUUGGCAGGCGAUUUUCGACUGACGCUACCAGUUAUUCCGCGUGGAACGAGGGCAUUUGAAAUGCAGGCCUGCAUAAAAUCUUCUUACAUCUGGAAUGGCAUUCAAACACUUGGAUUAUCGACUAACAUGCGAGUUCAUCUCAACGGUGAUCCCUCUGCCCAGCAGUUUGCAGAUAAUCUACUGAAACUAGGAAAUGGAGCCCUUACUUCAGAAAAUGAAGAUGGAUAUGUAGCGAUGCAAGGCAUUGGAAGGAUUGUGACUACUGAAGAAGAACUGAAAGAGGCUGUGUUUCCGAAUGUGAUUCACCACUUCACUGAUCACGCAUGGCUGUGCGAAAGAGCAAUUCUUGCCCCAACAAACGAAGCCGUCAGUGUUAUCAACAAGGAACGUUUACAGAACUUACCCGGAACUCUUCAUAUUUACAAAUCUAUAGACACGACAUGCAAUAUUGACGAGGCUGUCAACUAUACGACAGAGUUUCUCAACAAAUUAGAGCCACCUGGAGUACCCUCCCACAUAUUGGACUUGAAGGUUGGAGCACCGAUAAUUCUCCUCAGGAAUCUGGAUCCGCCUGCACUUUGCAAUGGAACAAGACUUUCUAUCAAGAAACUGAUGCCAAAUAUUAUAGAAGCCACCAUCAUGACCGGACAUGCUGCAGGCGAAGAUGUGUUUAUUUCAAGAAUUCCUAUAAUCCCUUCCGAUCUCCAGUUUCAGUUUAAGCGUCUACAAUUCCCUGUUCGUUUGAGUUUCGCGAUGAGCAUUAAUAAGGCACAAGGACAAUCUCUCAAAGUUGUAGGGCUCGACCUCCGUAAGCCGUGUUUCUCCCAUGGUCAACUGUACGUGGGUUGUUCAAGAGUUGGUAAUGCCGAUAAUCUACACAUCUUAGCUCCGAAUGGAAGAACAUUAAAUAUAGUUUAUCCCGAGGCUCUCUAA